UUUGUAGGUAGGAGAGCCGAAUAGAUCAAUGAUUAUACUUCGAUCACUGCUCGUUUUGGCUUUAGUGCAAAUCACAAUAUCAUACCGGCUAAAUGUUCCUCGAGUUUUAUUACCGUACCAUCCAACGGUCCCAGUUUCAUUUGUGCUGGAAGUAACGCAUCCAACCGGAGGUUGUUUUACAUGGAGAUCUACUCGUCCCGAUAUUGUCUCUGUUAAACGUAUCGAAACUAACGAAGCUGGAUGUUCGGAUAAAGCUGAAAUUCGAUCGGUUGCGAAGCCUGGAACUGUUGGAAGUUCGGAAUUGUCUGCUGUUAUUUUUGCAGAAGAUAAAGGAUCCGGCACAACAUUGAGUUGCGGCGUGACAGUAGAUGAGAUCGCAACUAUUAGCAUCGAAACAACAACGAAAGUUCUAUUCGUGGACGCUGCCCCUGCUCGAAUGACUGUUGACGCAUUUAACGCCGAUGGCGAUCGAUUCUCUACUCUCAGUGAAAUUGCAUUGGAAUGGGAGCUUGCAUCAACAUCUUCAAAUAAAGCGAAACCACUACGAAUUGUUCCAUUCGAGCAAUCAACAUAUGAAGCUCCUUCUGAAAUUGUUAAACUGGAAAAGAAUCGAAAGAAAGGAUAUCUAAUUCUGAUUGAAGGUGUUGGAACAGGAACAGCCACAUUGACAACCAAGUUCAGUGAUGCUUAUUUGCAGAAAGUAGCAGCGCACAACGUCGAACUCGCCGUCGUCGCAAAUUUACUUUUGGUUCCAUCUCAAGAUGUUUACUUGCCAGUUCACUCAGUUCUUCCAUUCCAAGUUUUAAUUGUCAAGCAGCGUGGAACAGAAAUAGUGAACAUGCCUAAUCCGUCAUACGAACUUCAAAUUGAUGGUGGUGAUGUGGCGUCGCUCGAUAAAAAAAGUUCAUCUGUGAGAGCUCUGACGAUUGGAAACACUGCAGUACAUCUCUUGAGCAGCCAUGUCGAUGUGCGCGCUAAAGCUGGAUUACGUCCACCAUCUACUGUCAUUCAUGUGGUAGACGCCGAAUCUGUCCAAUGGCAUGUUUCAGGAGAUAAUUGGAUGCUAGAAACCGGAAAACAGUAUACAAUCAACGUUGAACUUCUUGAUGAGCACGGAAAUGUUAUGUUUGUUGCUGAUAAUUCCCGUUUCGACACUCAUAUCGAUGAGCAAUUUCUUCAUGUGGAUUUCAAGUCUGAGAAUGGUACCUGGUUCCUUGUGACUCCACUGAAACCCUCAAAAACUACUCUUCGAACCAAAUUUGUUGCUAUUAUUGAUGCCAAGGGAAAUCGAAUUGCACAAAGUGGCAAAAUUGGCGGAGAGCAGCGAGUAACUAUCGUUGAUCCUGUGAGAAUUGUUCCACCGGUUAUCUAUUUGCCAUUCGUAUCUGAGAAAAGAUCACAAAUUGAUCUAACAGCAACUGGAGGCAGUGGAUUGUUUGAGUGGACUUCUGAAGAUGGACACGUGGCAACGGUGGAUCUGCUAACUGGAAGAAUGACUGCGAAUUCAUUAGGAAGCACUAAAGUGAAAGCAACUGAUAAGAGAAAUGAUCAGCUUCGUGACAUUGCCAGUGUUCAUAUUCUCGAAGUGUCUGGAAUCGGAUUUGGAGAAACUGUCCGUGAGACAUUCGUCGGAGAUACUCUUACAUUAAAUAUCAAGGCAACCGGACUCACAUCUGAUGGACUUUUAGUUGAAAUGUCCGAUUGUCGAAAUAUCCGUGCUCAUGUUCAAAUUACGGAUAAUGCGUUGCUUCGGCACGAGUCUUCAGCUGAUUCGUCGCUUCCAAUGAUGGGCACUGGUUGUGGAACAAUAACUUUCAAAGGACUGUCAUCAGGAGAUGCCCGAGUGUCCAUCAGUUAUUUGGGCCACAAAGCGAGCAUCGAUGUAGCAGUCUACGAGAAAUUGUCUAUUUCCGAAGAAUCUUCAUCAAUUGCACUCGGAAGUACUCACCCAUUGACUGUGUCUGGUGGACCAAGACCGUGGAUUUUGGAUCCAGCAAACUUUUACAAAACACAAGAAACAAAGCAAUCGCAACUUCAAGUCACAUUUGAAAACGAAAAAGUUUUGUUCAAGUGUGGAUCUUCAGAAGUAACAGAAGCUGUUCGUCUUCGUAUUGGAAACCUCAAAUCGUCAACGCUUCCACUUCCAAUUCACUCUGAAAUUACAGUUUCGAUUUGUUGCGCAAAGCCAACUCGUCUUGAAAUUUUUGACAAGAAACAACGUCCAUCCAAGUGCCCAUUGAAUGUUCAUUCAAUGCUUAUCAAUACAAAUGUAGAACUCGUUCUCCGUGGAUCAGGAGUUUGUAAUGGAGCUGCAACUCCGUUGGCCUCAAUCAACGGGCUUUCACCGAAAUGGACUACUUCUGAUUCUGGUCUUUUGACGGUUAAUCGUCAUGGAAUUGAGGCAGAUGCGACUUCUGGAAAGAAAGAAGGCCAAGUUACUAUUCAAGCUCAAGCUGGAUCUCUCUCCACUAAAUAUGAAAUCACAGUGAAAAAAGGAUUGAACGUCGAACCAGCACGUCUCGUUCUUUGGAAUGAAGCUGUCUCAAAAGGAACGUUCACUAUAACUGGUGGAUCUGGCCAUUUCCAUGUCGAUAAUCUGCCAACAUCAGAUUCACCAGUUGCAAUUGCUCUCCGUGCAAGAAGUCUCACAGUUACGCCGAAGAAUAAUGGACAAGUGAAUCUUCGUAUUUCUGAUGCUUGUUUGGUUGGGCAACAUGCCGAUGCUUCCGUAAGAAUUGCUGAUAUUCAUUCAUUGGCGAUUGACGCACCGCAGUUUGUGGAAAUUGGACAAGAAGUUGAAGUAGAGAUUCUGGCUCAAGACGAAACUGGAGCUUCAUUCGAAAAAGAACAUCGUCCACUUGCUGACGCUCAACUCGAUGCAAGUAACAAUCAUGUAAUUUUGACCAAAGUUGACGGACUUCGCUACACUCUUCGUGCCAACUCAAUUGGAACUGUAUCGCUGUCCGCAUCAUCAAAAUCUUCAUCAGGACGUGUACUCUCAUCUAGACCACACACCGUUCAGAUUUUCUCUCCUAUUUUCUUGCAACCAAAAAGAUUGACUUUGAUUCCGGACUCCAAAUUUCAGUUAGAAGUCGUUGGAGGUCCUCAACCGACGCCACCACUCGAUUUUUCCUUGAAUAAUUCAAUGAUUGCAUCCAUUGAGCCUAAUGCACUUAUUACGUCGUCAGAACUUGGAUAUACAGCAAUUACCGGAACUGUUCGUGUUGGUGAUGGUCAUGUUACCUUGGAUACUGUUGUUCUUCGUGUUGCCUCUCUCGGUGGAAUUAUUCUGUCAGCGUCAAGCAGGAAAGUGGAAACUGGUGGAAGAGUAAACUUACGAUUAAGAGGAGUGAUCGCCGGAGCUGAAGACGAAGAACCAUUUGCUUUUGGUGGAGCCAUUUACCCGUUCAAAGUAACAUGGAGCGUUUCUGAUCCAUCUGUUCUAUUCACAACUCAUCCCCUCGGUGGAGAUGUAGUCGAACCAACUGAUAAUCAAUUUGCCAUUUGGUUCAAUGCUAUUCGAGGAGGAUCGGUUACAGUGAAAGCGGUUGUUGAGCUUAAUGAGAAGGCAAGAAAGCAUUUCACUGGAAGAACCUCUACUUUCACCGCUGAAACAACAAUUACAGUGGAAGAUGGACUUUCAUUAGUUCAACCAGAAAUGGAUAUUAAUACUGUCAGAGUGGCGCCAAAUUCUCAAUUGAAGAUGGUCACUGCAUGGUCUCAAGCAUCUUUCUCAGUUCCUUCUGAUUUCUCGAGCCGGAUCGUCAUUUCUGCGGACGGUCAUUUGAUAACAAACGGAAAAGAAGGAUCAGCUGCAAUUACCGUUCGUAAUGUGAACAGCCCGGAUAAUGAAACUGUUCUCAUUCCUGUGACUGUUUCUCGUGUCGCUUCUCUCGAUGUUCACCCAACAAUUGAACUUAAAAGUGCUUUUGAGAAUUCUCCACUCAUACAUCUUCCUGUUGGAGCCCAAAUCCAGCUAAACGUUGUUCCACGUGAUGCUCGAGGUCGUCGUCUUGCGGCUGCCUCCAACAGUAUCAAUUUCAGACCACAUAGAUUCGACUUGACCGAUAUUGUCGCCACCAACAGCAAUCAGACACUGACAAUCACACUGAAAACCGCUGGAGAUACUGUUCUCAGAAUUGGUGAUGCUUCAAAUACCCACAUUGCUACAUUUAUUCGUCUUUCUGCGUCUGAAUCAAUCCUUCCUCGAGCUGCUCACAAGUAUGCAAACGAUCUUGUUGUAUCUGAUGUGAUUUGUCUUCAAUCAAACAUUUUCACUGUAGACGGAUCUCGCUGGUCGUCUCAAAGUUCAAGUGAAGGAAGAAUCAGUUGGCUCGAUGAGAAUCUCGGAGUUGCACAACUCACAAAGGCUGGAAAUACUUUUAUCAGACUUCAUGCUGAUAAACAAACAAUUCAUUCGAAGAUCUCCGUUGUAUUGCCAUCUUCUCUUCGUUUCCCUGAUGGUCAGAAACCAGAGUUUGUGAGCAAUGAUGAGCAUUCGGUAUUCGUAAUUCCUGUCAUUGCUGCAACCAAUAAUACUUCAGGAAGCAAAGUUUCGUCAAUUUAUGGAGAGUGCACUGCUGAUCAAAUUCGAUCAUUUGAUGCGAUUGGUGCUCCAUUUGAAUGUCAAGUUGCUUUCACUCGUCGUUCGAAGAUCAUUUCGGCUGUCAAUUGGCUGACGGUUUCAGCAGUUUUCAGCCCAGUUUUUGGUUAUGGGUGUGAAAUUCGUCGAUUUGAUUCGAGUGUCUCAACUUCAUCAAUUGUUGUUCCCGAGGAACUAUUGAAAGAUCAAUUUGAUGCUAGAAUUACUGCGAAAUGGAUUUCAGAUGGUACAGUACAAGUAAAUGAUGCUACAAUUGAUGUUCCAUUCCAUUUCGCAUUUAUUGUCGAGGAGAAGGAGCUCGUAUUCUCAAAUAUGAAUCAAAUCGAAGCAGCUCUCUCCAUCUGGGCGCCUACAUACGACUCGAAGCACAUAGUCGUUUCUGGAUGUGAAGGAGAUAUUGUAUCGGUCGAGAAAACCUCAAGAUCAAGUGAUAAACAUUCUGCAAAGGCAAAUGUGUUCUAUAACAUCCGUCUCAACAUCAAAUCAGCAGCUCUGUUCACUGAACAUGCAAAGAAAUGCCAAAUUUCUGUUGAGAACACGUUGACUGGUCAAGUGAUUCGUGUUCCUGUCACUGUUCAGUUGUUGGAUGAGACUGCUAAACAAGUAUACAACGCACUUGAAAGUCGUGGGGUAGUAGAUGUUCUUCUGAUUCUUGCACAUAAGUACUCUCACGCUAUUCCAACGUUGCUGUGGACUUGUCUUGUCGGAAUCAUCAUUCUAGUUAUCGGAAUUUAUGUUAAGAUGAAUGUAUUCGAUAAAACUGGCUCAUUUGGUGAUAAUACUCUCAAUAACACGACACAUCAAACAUCGAUGGCGAGCUCUUUGAGUAGCACAAAUGUGAGUCUUCGCGAACCAGUUUUUCGUUCAACGCCAAUUGCUGGAUCACCACAAGUAUCCCUUCCGACGGCUCGCGAUCGUCUUCGCAAUCAAAUGGGAUCAGGUGGAGACAAUAGACUUUGGUCUUACUAAAAUCCCUUCAUACUUUUUGUUGUUUAUGUGAAUUUUGUAUUCCCUUGUUGUUACACUUAUAUCUCCAAACAUAUUUCAAGUCCCACCCAUCCACUUUCAGGAAGUUUUAGGGUUAUUUCUUUCGUCUCUUUCCACCUCUAAACAUUUUUUCAAUCUCUAAAUUUAUUGUAUCAUGAUUGUGAACUCUAAUUUGGUUAAUUUCCGUUUUCUCACUCCCCAGUUUACGAGUAUUCGAUGUUCCCCCCAAAUCCCGAUUUUCAAAUAUUUUUUAUCCAUAAUUCAUAUCUUUUAUUUUAUUGUUAUUAUAUUUUGUUCACAGUGAACUGUUUCAAUAUUAAAUUGACUUUAUCAUUUUUA